UUUAUUCAGUUUUUCUGGGAGAAAUUCCUGCAUUGAAGGUAUUUUUAUUUUCUUCAAUAAAUUCAAACUUUUUUAUUGUUAAUCAGUCAAUUUCUCUUUGUGUAGCUAUAGGUAGUAUUUUCCUGAACAUUGUAUGCAGUAAUCCUUCUACCUGGAUGGAUCCCCUGGUUUACAAUCUGAAAGUUGUGAAUCGCUGAUUACAAAUGUCAAGCAACGAAAAACCAAUUAAAUAUUUCAGGUAAUUCCUGAAUGCUCCAGGGCACUAUAAUACCAAAAUAUGAACGAAGUUUGCUGCAUGCGCACGCGCAGGAAUUACUGUCAUGCGGACUCGCCCCAGAUGUUUCAUUGAGAAUAAUUUUACAGCCUAUACUCGGACUAACAAUUUCAUUUUUACACACGUUCUGAAGUAUACUUUAAGUGACAAGCAUAACACUGAUUUACUCGAGAUGAUAAAGUUAAGGAGUUAGUGAUUGAAUUAAAUAUAAUGAUUAAUUGAUUAGAUAACAAUGGAGUCCGUUAAUCAGCCAGUGGAUCCUCAAUAUAUCUUGGGGCAAUUGAACACCGCACGCAGAGAAAUUCACAAUCUAAGACAACAGAUCAAGAGCCUCAGGUAUGUAUUUGAGAAAGAUGUCAAUGGGAUUAAGAAACUCAUCGGCCUCCACUCGGGAGUUAAUAACCCAGGGAACGAUUUGGGACCAGGAGAACCCACGACGUCGACAUCAGAGGUGGCUGAUACCUCAUGUGUGUCGAUGACACCCAUCGGAGUUAUCAACACUGGAUUUCCCAGUAAACGCGCUACGCCCAGGCAGUCCGGUGUUGCCAGGGACAUGUGUGGAAGAAUUACUCUUUUUAAUACUAUUUUUACAAAUCCCGAGCACGCGUUGAAUGGACUUGAAGAGUUCUCACACAUGUGGAUUCUCUUCCACUUCCAUCGGAACGAAUCGACGCACAUCCGAGCAAAAGUAGCCCCUCCACGUCUAAAUGGUACUCGAAUAGGUGUUUUUUCUACACGUUCUCCUCACCGUCCCUGUCCAAUUGGUCUGAGUCUCGUAAAAAUUCUUCAGAUUGAAGGCAACACAAUUAUCUUCGAGGGAGUGGACACAGUGGAUGGAACACCAGUUCUGGACAUAAAGCCUUACAUACCCCAGUACGAUAGCCCCCUCUACGUGGAGCAUCUUAAGCUCAAUGGUAAUCCCGAGGAGAUUGAACGCUUCCAGGAAAAUGGGGAGACGUUCUGCGAGCCCCCGAGAGAAGACGUCUCUGGUGACGAGGAACUUGCUCUGAGACUCCAGGCAGAGGAGUUCGAGAAUUCCUCGAACCCUGAGACCUCUCCCUCCAUCCUCGAGGGAACUGAGUAUCUUCUGCCCCAAGGCGGGGCCCAGGUGGAGGCUCCGACAAAUGAAUCUGCAGUCCCCUCAACACCUGGGGACGAUGAUCCCAGGAAUUCUCGAUUACUCGAUGGUGCUGAUGGCCCCAGCACCGUGUGUGGCAACGAUAUGGACGUUUUGAACAGGCGAAUGCUGAAUCUCAGGCAUGAUAACUCCCCUGUGAGGAUGGGAGUUAGAGAGGCUCCCGACGGCGAGGAGGGCCUCGAAUCACAGGCCCUCAGGCCCUCCCAGACUGCCUCUAAUACUCAGAUCAUUCCUGUCAGUGCCUCCAGGGUCAACAGUCUGCAGAAUCUCAGGGAAGACAACCUGGAGCUCGUACAGGUUAGAGUACCGGACUGGAUCAGUCAGUCGGGUUCCAGGGCACUCUCUGUGAUAUUUAAUGAGAGGGCACUCAGACAACUUAAUGAAAUUGUUCAUGAUAAGGCUGACGAGCAGAAGAGGGCCAUUGAGAAUGUCCUCAAGGAAGACCCUCGGUCUGUCUACCUCAGGCAGAGGUGGGCCAAUCAGUUUUAUACUUUCUUGAUUCAUGAUUUACACAUUAGUUGUAGGUUUGAUGAUAACAGGGGAGUUGUCAGUGUCUUUCAAGUCAGAUCUGCUGGGAGAAUAUGCGAUUGUGGAGAACCUGAGUGGCAGUGUCUUGGACACUCGCCUGUUUCAUAAUUAUGAGGUUAAUUGUUUUUUUUCAUGAGCGUAAAUAGACAUUGGAGAUGAUCAAGCGCUUUGACAAUUUUUUUAUUGACGUUAUGGUGGUUUGGAAGUUCUCCAUGUAUCUGCAAUAGACAUUCUCACUUAUUCCUCUUUA